AUGGCGGCGCUGGGAGGAUGGCUUGCGCCGUCCUUUGCACUUCGUUUGCUGCUGAUGAGCGUGCUUCAAGCGAUAUCAGCAUUUGGGGCCGAGUUUUCAUCAGAGGCAUGCAGAGAGCUAGGUUUCUCUAGCAACUUACUCUGCAGUUCUUGUGAUCUUCUUGGGCAGUUCAACCUUCUUCGACUGGAUCCUGAUUGCAGAGGAUGCUGCCAAGAAGAAGCGCAAUUCGAAACAAAAAAAUUGUAUGCAGGAGCUAUUCUUGAAGUAUGUGGAUGAAAAUUGGGGAGGUUCCCUCAAGUCCAAGCUUUUGUCAGGAGUGAUAAACCCAAGCUAUUCCGAGGACUGCAAAUCAAGUAUGUUCGUGGUUCAGAUCCUGUACUUAAGCUUUUGGACGACAAUGGGAACAUUGCUGAAGAAUUAAGCAUCCUUAAGUGGAACACAGACAGUGUAGAAGAAUUCUUGAGUGAAAAAUUGGAACGCAUAUAA